AUGAAGACCACCACUGAAGCAAGCAUGGCCGCUGCAUCCUUUGUGGGUGACGAGGCAGGUCAAGCUCAAGAUGUUGCGAAGGAGUCACUUCACAAUGCCGCCGCCAAGGCCUCCAAGGCUGGAGACGCUGUAUCAGGCAAGGCGGGGGAGGCGAUGAACGGGAUCAAAGAUAUGGCCAUGAGUACAGGUGACAAGGCGUCAUCGGAAUGA